UACAAACCAACCCGCCGUUGUUUUGUAGCUAGAUAACCUCGAUCCAUCAUGGCGAUGCAUGCAAAGGCGACUCCACCGCAGAUCCCGGACACCCGCCGGGAGCUCGCUGAGCUGGUGAAGAGGAAACAAGAACUUGCUGAGACGCUGGUGAACCUGGAAAGACAAAUAUAUGCAUUUGAAGGCAGCUACCUAGAAGACACCCAGAUGUAUGGCAAUAUCAUCAGGGGAUGGGACCGGUACCUCACCAACCAAAAGAACUCUAAUAGUAAGACUGAUAGAAGGAAUAGGAAAUUCAAGGAAGCAGAACGUUUAUUUAGCAAGUCAUCUGUCACAUCAGUUGCAGCAGUGUGUGCUCUUGGAGGGAUUCCGGAUCACAUGAAUGAAAAGCGUGAGGCAGGCAGCGGCACAGAGAGCGACACCUCUCCAGAUCUCCAGAACCAAGAAAAUGAGCCCAGCCAGGAGGAUACAGAAGAUGUGGACUCAACGCUGCAGGACUUAAAGCCUCAGAAGGCAGCCUCCUCUUCCUCCUCAGGCAGCCAUCACGCCAGCCACAAAAAGAGAAAGAACAAAAACAGACACAGCCCUUCUGCCAUGUUUGAUUAUGACUUUGAGUUUGACAUGAAGGUGAACAAGAAACCACGAGCUGAUUAUUCAACUUAAAAAAGACAACUGGAAAACCUGGAGACACAAGGAUACGUGUAGAGAAACAAGUUUUCUGGACUGUGGCAAAUUUGUAUCCCUUUUUUUUUUUUUUUUUCAUAUUUCAGCCUGUACUGUGUGCACUGCUUGAAACAUUCCCCUGCCACCUACCUUUGGUCAUGGUUAAGAUCUUGUCCUACCGAUGAAAGUAGAAAUGUUAUGGAGGAGGCGUGACUAGGCCACCUCCAGUAAUACACCAUCUUGUAUAGUGUUUAAAAAGACUGUAUUUAUUAUGUAGCUAAUUUUGAUGUUUUCCAUUGUAAGAAGGUUUUGCUUUUUGUAAAGCAUCACAUAGUUGUAUAACCCCUGAAUACCCCAAAUUCUUUUAUUACAUGUUUUGUUUUGCAAAAAAAUAAUAAAAUACCAGUGACAUUA